CCCGCGCCUCCAGCCCAUAAAUACCGGGCGGCCGGCGCUGCUCCGUACUGCUGCGAGCCCAGCCGAGCCCAGCCGAGCCAAGCCGUGCCUAGCCAAGCCGCGCCUAGCCGAGCCGCGCCGAGCCAUGGACCCCCAGGACUGCACGUGUGCCGCCGGUGACUCCUGCUCCUGCGCCGGGUCCUGCAAGUGCAAGAACUGCCGCUGCCGGAGCUGCCGCAAGAGCUGCUGCUCCUGCUGCCCCGCAAGCUGCAGCAACUGCGCCAAGGGCUGCGUGUGCAAGGAGCCGGCCAGCAGCAAGUGCAGCUGCUGCCACUGAGCCGCUCGCCUCCGCCUGUAAAUAGCUGGAACGCUUUGGGGAUGGGGGGGUGGGGGGCACAAAAAAGCCUAUUUUUUCAUGUUUUGUAUCUUCUGUACCAGUGGUGAAACUGGAUGGAAAUAAAGGAGUUUGGCUGGA